UAAACGCAUAUAGGUCAGGUCAGUAUCUUUCGAGAUAAGAUUACGAAAUGGAGAAGAUUUUAGUAUUACUGGUGGUUUACAUGUACCAUGCUUUUGCACUCUGUCCGAAUGGGUUCAUCAGACAUGAAGACUCUUGCUAUCAUAUCCUCAGAAUCCAGGCCACAUGGGCAGAGUCAAGGAUGUAUUGCCAUGCAUACGGCGCAAAUUUGGUCAGCAUCGAGACUCGGGGAGAAAACUCAUUUCUGACCCAUUACCUGACCAGCGUUGAUGACCAGUUCCACACAAAGAGGUUUUGGAUUGGAGCAAACGACAUAGCGGAAACCGGAACCUAUGUUUGGGAGGGGACACAAGCUCGCCUGGACUCAGGAUUCACGAACUACUAUCACGGAUCCCCGGACAACGGGGGAGACGACUCUGAGGAGCAUUGUAUGGAGCUCACGGAGGAUUACAACUAUCAGUGGAAUGACAAUGAAUGCGAUAAUAAAUAUUACCCCAUCUGUGAGAAAAACGGAAUAGAGACGAAUCUGGUCAUCGGGUGAAGACGACUAUUUACUUUCUCAGGAUUGUACGGUGCUGAAGUUGAAAUAUAUAUAUAUAUUGCUUUUUCACCUCUUUGCAUU